UUAGUCAAGAUGGUGAACGCUCUUACCUCCAAAUCGUCUAUUGGCGGACCAAUGGCCUGCAUGUAUCUUCUAGGGCAUCCUGACGUAUACCGUAGCCAUGAUAUUUCCACCAUUUACUGGUAUCAGUACGUGCACAACGUGAAUGAUUCCAUUGUACCAGUGGAUCGCGUACAAGACUAUUGUCUUCGUCCUGACGUCUGUGACUCCAUGUCCCUUUGGGAUUGGUGGCGGAGAUCAACUAAAUGCAAAUCAAGCCCUAAAAUGAUAUUGAAACGGCGGAACAAUACAGUGAUCGAUGAAUCUGGUUACGACGUACCAGUUGCAGGAGAGCAUCAUAUGGACAUCGAUGCAGUGGAACUCGACGGUAGAACUGCCGGAUCCUUGGAUGAUGAGUUCAAAUAUUCUGGGUCUUCACGGCACCUGAAACGUAAAUAUGCCGAUACAAGCGAAUCUGAACCCAAAGUUGAUCUGCGGGAAAUGCACCAGUUAACAUUUCUUAACGGGCAUACUCAAUUCAUGACUCAUCAUAUCAACCUCUCCUCCGAUGAGAUAGAUGUAGUUUUGAAUCUCAGUGGGGGAUCUCUUCCUCGUAGAGAUCGUGGAAACACUGAAGAAUACUGUAUGACUAUGUUGACAUUCUUCAAACCGUGGAGGACAGCUAGAGAGUUAAAAAAAUCGGAUCAAAGCUGGCAGCAGGCAUUUGAUGCUCACCGAUGGAAUGACGGCGACCUUCGUACCAUGAAAAACAUGCAUGUGAAAUAUGAAUGCAACGAUGCUAGAGAUGAUUACAAUGCACAGUUGAAGAAAGGUCAGGAAACAAUAAAGAAAUACCACGAUAGCAUGGAAGACCGCACAGCUGCAGACCUUGCAGAUGACGACUCUUUCAACGAGUUGAUGUCCUAUUUAACAACAGAAGAGCGCAUAGCGUCGUUAGAAGAAUAUGUAGGAACUAGUUGGAAAGAGGACAGAACCAAAAUGAAUACCAUAUCUGAUAAAUUGCAAACCGUAGGUUGGCUAGAUCCGACUGGAAACAGCGAUAGCAUU